GAGCUUUUUAAGUUCAAUAACUUCUACUUACUGACAGUUUUGUACUUUUGUUGUGUUUUCCGAUUGGAGGAACCAACGGGCAUCAAGUUGUAUUUUUUGGUUUUCUCUUCCCAGCUCCUAACGGAUAAGAGAAGGCAAGCCAGUUGGUCUGGUGGUGGAGGCUUAGAGCUUAGAAGGGCUAGCAAUGGCGGCUAUCAGCAUUGGCCCCAGCAACAUCAACGCCACCCUAAUUUUCCGUACGGCAACGCCUCCAGGCCGUUCAAGGUCCAGAAUCUCUUGCGUAGGAUGGGACCCAGAGCGCCUAUUUGGGCCCCCCCAAACAGGGCACAUCGCUAGACGAGAGUUUCAGAGACGGUUGGAGAGAGACGCCGAAGCUAGAGAGGCCUUUGAACGCCAAGUCCGGGAAGAGAAAGAGCGCCGCCUUUCUCUCCGACAAUCGCGGCUGGUUCCGGAUACUUCUGCGGAGCUGAUUGAGUAUUUUCUCGAUACCGAGGCUCAGGAGAUUGAGUUUGAGAUUGCGAGGUUGCGGCCGCGAUUGAACCAGGAAUUUUUCUCACACUUGCAAUUUGAAUUAGGACAGCUUCGGUUUGCUGUGUCAAAAACUCAGGAUGCAGAGGACAGAUUGAUCGAGCUGGAAGCACUGAAAAAGGCUCUGUUGGAAGGAACAGAAGCCUAUGACAAAAUGCAGGCUGACGUAAUUAAAGCAAAGCAAAGCCUAUCCACAAUCUUGACAUCAAAGGAUGCAAAAGCUACUUUAUUGGAGAUGGUUGAGCGGAAUGAGCUCAAUAGAUCAUUAUUGACGCUUCUUGAUGAAAACAUAGCAAAUGCACAGAAGGGUGGUCAGAAACAAGCGGCAGCAUUUAUGGAAAAGCUUCGCUCAGCCAUUCUCAAGUACAUGACUGCUUAGAGUACAGAUGCUGUCUAAUGACUCAGGGAGGUGCAGAUAAGCCUGUGGGGUUUUGAGCAAAAGGUUGGCAAACCAUUUACAAUAUUUUACCACUUAUGUCUGCAACUUAGUUCAAAGAAGUAUCCAGAACCACUCGUGGGCAAUUUAAUAACCGUCGAGAACCGCUGGCAAGUGAGUGAGAACUUUCAUGCACACGAGGUGAUGACUUACUAAUUGAACAAGCUCCCCAAGACGCUCCUCAAAUUGCUCCUAUUGUCCCCUGCUCUGUAUGUAAGCAAUAGAUUUCUUGACUGAAACAAUCUCAAUUUACAUAUUACUGACAACUUGUUGAGAAGUAUGUAAGCAAUUGAUUUCUUGACUGAAACAAUCUCAAUUUACAUAUUACUGACAACUUGUUGAGAAGUAUUUUGUAAUAUGGCUUAAAAUUUUGACUCA